AUGUCUGCCUUUAACGCCUCUCAGGUUGACCUGAACACAGCAAGCAAAGAGGAUGUACUGUGCUUCCUUGCCCUGUCAGACAAUGAGUAUAAUGGGCACCUCGGUGCACGUAUUUCUUCAAUCUUUGUGAUCCUAUUCGUCUCCUCCGCGUUUACCUUCUUUCCCGUCGUGGCCAAAAGCUUGCCAUCUUGGAAAAUCCCCUUCAGUGUCUACUUGUUCGCCCGUUAUUUCGGUACCGGCGUUAUUGUCGCAACAGCUUUCGUCCAUCUUCUAGACCCAGCAUAUAAGCGAAUCGGACCCAAGACUUGCGUCGGAGAGUCGGGCUACUGGGGCGAAUAUUCAUGGUGUGCGGCGAUCGUGCUAGGCUCAGUUAUGAUUAUCUUCCUCAUGGACCUGGCAGCAGAAGUCUAUGUCGAGCGCAAGUACGGCGUGCACAAGGACGAAGAUGCCACGGGGGCAUUUAUUCAAGGUGGACACCAAGGUGCCGCGACCGUCGACAGCUCGUAUGAUCAGGAGAAGUCCAUCUCGCCGGGGGAGACAGCUCCCACCUGGAGCUCAGACAGUGAAUCGGCAAUGGCAGAGCGGUCUUUCAAGCAACAGAUCGCAGCAUUCCUCAUCCUUGAAUUUGGUAUUAUAUUCCACUCUGUCAUCAUCGGAUUGAACCUCGGCGUCACAGGCUCUGAAUUCGCAACUCUUUACCCAGUUCUGGUGUUUCACCAAUCCUUCGAGGGCCUUGGUAUCGGAGCAAGAAUGUCGGCUAUCCCCUUCGGCAAGCAUACCUGGCUGCCCUGGAUCCUAUGUGCAAUGUAUGGGCUCACUACGCCAAUCUCCAUCGCCAUCGGCCUCGGCGUUCGUACCACAUAUAACCCUGGCUCCAAGGUAGCACUGAUCGUGCAGGGCGUGCUGAAUGCUAUUUCUGCCGGCGUGCUCAUCUACAGUGGUCUGGUGGAAUUGUUGGCUCGUGACUUUUUGUUUGAUCCGGAUCGCACUAAGCGACGGAGCCAGCUGUUGUUUAUGGUCUUUUGUACUCUGCUGGGCGCUGGUAUUAUGGCUCUCAUCGGGAAGUGGGCGUAA